CUUCAAGCAACAUGACCCCGCAGCCAAACAUUGAACCCCUCGUGAUGCCGUCGUGGCGGUAUCGGAUCGAACCGCUGGCAUCGGGUGGUGGGGUGAGACUGACCAUCCCGAACCACCGCACGACGGGCAGUACGCUCUGCUUGGUCGUGUUCUUGUUGAUCUGGUGUAGCGUUGGCGGAUUCAUGUCGUCCAUGGCUUUGGAAAUGACGUCGUCCGCCGUCGCAAUCGGACCGAUUGUCGUGACGUCCAUCGGCGCGCUUCUCAUGGGCUCCGUGCUGCUAUAUUGGAUGUUUGGCGAGGAAACCAUCACGAUCACACCCGCGAUGUGCACAUACCAUUGGGAAGCGUUGUGCAUCCAUCGCACCAAGAACUACGACAUCCACCAAAUGGGUCCCCUGAUUGUACACACCACCGUGAGCAGAUCGAACACGGACGACAGCCAUCGCGGCGACGAGCGGCAGCAGCGGAUUGCGUUUCAGUACGGCGGGUCGCUCGUCCAGAUGGGGUACUUGCUCUUGGAGCUGGAAGUGAUUCCAUUCUACAACGACCUAUUGCAGUGCGUUCCUCAGAACUUAAUCCCCCCCGCCGUGCGCCAGCAACGACCGCAUGUGGAGCCAGUGUACAUGGCCCAGCCACUGGACACGUCCAAGGACCAGGAACCACUCGUAUAGAUAGUAGGCGAACGAUACAUAUUCGCCCUAUAUCGUUAUUAUUAAUUCACAUUCAACCAUCCUUGG